AUGGAUGAAAUAUUUAUGGCCAUAGAGAAGUCUUGUAAAGAAGUGGCCUUGGAGUGGAGUACCAAAGAAAAAAUGAGGGGGUUUGACCAUUUUCUUCAUGAACAUCCAUUGAACUUCUGUGAUACUCACUCGUUGCUCAAAGAAUUUCUUAACUGUUCGGGAUGUGGCGAAGGCUUAUCGGGUUUGAUCUGUGCAUGCAGUACCUGCUACAACUUUUUCCUCCAUAAAUCCUGUGCCGAGCUUCCAAGAGAGAUCCAAAAUUUCUUUCAUCCAUGCCCUCUUCUCCUCAACAUUCUAAAUUCCUAUACAUGUAAUGCUUGUUUCAAAGAAGGCUCAGGUUUUACCUACCGCUGCGUCAAGUGUGAUUUUGAUAUGCAUGUUAAAUGCGCCCAACGACCCACCAUACAAUCACAAGGGGAUGAAGAAGAGCUUAUUCAACAUUUUACUCACUGGCAUCCCCUAAAACUUGUUCCUCCCAAUAAUCAUUUGGAGGUUGGGUGCGCCAUAUGUAACAAGCUCUGCUUUGUCAACGCCUCUGAUACUUCCGCUUAUGGUUGCCAGGAUUGCAACUUUUUUGUCCACCAUUCAUGCAUGAUCGAUAUUCCACGCCAAAUCAAUCAUUUCUUUCAUCGGUCAUGUCCUCUGGUUUUACUCACCAAAAAACCUUACCAAUGUGAGGGAUGUGAUGAAGCUAGCUCAGGCUUGGCCUUCUGCUGCGGAAAGUGUAAAUUCCAAUUGGAUGUCAAAUGCGCCUUGCUUCCGACUGUAGAAUCUAAAGACGCCGAAAAGAUUCAACAUCCAGCCCACAAGCAUCCACUAGCACUCCAUGAAAGCAAGGAAUUCGGCACUGCAGUUCGAUGCAGAGCUUGUGGAGAACAUUGCUUGUUAGAUCCUUGUUUCGGUUGUAGCAAAAUAUCAUGCACCUUCUUUCUACAUAGAAAGUGUGUUGUUGAGUUGCAGCCGGAAAUACAUCAUCCUUUUCAUUCCCUACACCCUCUCACUCUACUCCGUGACUUAUCUUACCAGUGUAAGGUUUGUUAUGAAGAUGUCUUAGGGUUGGCCUAUUGUUGCGUACAAUGUAAAUUCCAACUGGAUGUCAAAUGCACCUUAUUUCCGACUAUAGAGUCCAAAGAUGCUGAUAAGAUUCUACAUUGUGCCCACAAGCAUCCCCUAGCACUUUGUGACAGCAAGGAAUUAGGCGAUGAAGUUCGAUGCAGAGCAUGCGCAAAGAGUUGCUUUGCUCCCUUCUUCGGUUGUACGGAAUGCAACUUCUUUUUACACAGAUCUUGUGCUGUUGAGGUACAAGAGAAAGAGAUCCAUCAUCCCUUUCAUCCCCUACACGCUCUCACCCUCUCAUCACCCCUACCACUUCCUCAUCAUAAAACCUUUCAAUGUUCUUCAUGCCUGGGGUUGGAUGACUGGUUUUUGCUGCGGUAUCGUUGUGCCAAAUGUGACUUUGAGCUUCAUAUCGAUUGUUCUAAGCCUAAGGUCACAAUACCCGACUUCAAGUAUGAACGUCACAUACACUACCUCUCUUAUUUUGAUAACACACUUGCCCCUGUUGAGUGCAACAUUUGCCAUGAGCAUGCUCAAACGGGCUUCUUUCGAUGCGUGGCUUGUGCAUUUAACAUCCAUAUCUACUGCAUUCGCUCAACACCAAAGACAAUAAAACAUCAACGCCAUUUGCAUCCUUUGACUGUUACAAAAUCGCCUUUCCAAUAUGAAAUGAUUUCCUCUGAACAUGCAAAUUGCUCAAAUGAUGAGUUCUAUUGUGAUGUUUGUGAGAAAAGAAGAUAUAAAUUUGAAUCAGUUUAUUAUUGUCCAGAAUGCAAAUUUAUUGCUGAGGUUCGCUGUGUAAUCUCCGAACUAUUACCAUCCUUAACUAUUUCAGAGGAGCAGACUACGGAGAAAGGCACAGUCGGUUCCGGAAAUGAGGGCAGUUCUGCAGUAGAAGAAACCAUUGGGAAUCUAAAUGAUCAAAUUGCAAAGUCUAAGCAAGAGAGAAAGGCUUUAAAAAAAGAAGUUGAGAAACAUCGAGAAAUAUUAAAGGGUCUUGAGGAGGAACUAGAGCAGAAAAAUUGGGAAGUAAGAAAACUUAAGACUGAUUGUUUCUUGUACAAGUAUCGCCUCAGCCUCGACAUGAAAGGACAUGAGAAUCCAACUAAAGCUUCUGCUGAUCUGCCUUGA